AAAUGUUAUAAUAUUAUGUACAUAUAAAAAAAAGUGUAAAAAUAUAUUUAUAUGUAUAUAUAGAGGCAUAAUACUCAAUUAUAGCUAUGCUCAUUCAAACACCAGUUUUUGGAGAAGAUAAAACUGUAAAGAAAAGACAGAUUUAUAGAGAGCAAGUAUUGCCUCAUGCAGGUGGAAAAAUUCCUGAUACAGCUUUUCAAACAGAUCGUUUACUUUUGAAUCAAUUACAAAAGGAAGGAAUUGCUAUACCAGAUGGGGUGGUGUUAGAACAACGAAAUCCUCAAGUACAUCCAUAUACAAACAAAGCAAGUCGAACCGUUUUCCGUGUGGCUUCAACUUCAGAUGCUCGAUUUAUACCAGAUAUAGGUCGUUACACUUACAAAUAUCCACCCAGUUUAGAAACCACAUAUUUGUAUCCACAAAUACAUAACUAUCCAUUAAUGACACCCCCAUUAUCAGCACCAAAAAUACCAAAAUAUCGACCUUUAACUUUACCAAGCCCACUAUUAUCAAAUAAUCCACCAAAAGUUAAUAAAAAGACUGUAUAUUUAGUUUCCUAUGGACCAAAAGAUACAUCUAGAAGUCUUCAGUCAGCUCAAAUAGCAUCAAAUUCAGUGAACCCAAUUAAAUCAAUUAACACUGUUAAUAUCGUAAAUAACCCUUUAAAUGGCUUUUCGUGGAGUGAAUUUCAGCAAGACUACUUAACAGCGCAUCUCUUCAAUGGUUUUGAUGAUAUAUUCAAUAACGAUUACCAAUUGCGAGAAAUUCGAAGUUCACAUUCAAAAGCUACUGAAACAGCAAGCAAAGAGAAGCCAUCUUCAACGAGAAUAAAAUAGAAAUUAAUUUAAAACACAAACAACAGAAAAAUAUUUACAUCUUUUUUUAAAAAAACAAAAUGAACAAAAAAAAAUUAAAUAACUAAAAAAAUAUGCAACAAAAAAAAUUUAAUUUAUUUAAUUAAAACAGAUUUCAUAUUUCGGUUUUAAUUUUAUAAAAUAUGCGCAUAUCUUUUCCUAAUCAAUAACUGAU